GGCUGCGAAGCGGUGUCGGAACGGCUGCGGCUCGGGCUCCGGGACAGCCUGGCACGGGCGCGGGGAUCCGAGGGGCCGCAGGGAUGUGGUCGACGCCGCUGGCGCUGGCGACCGCCGCAGCAGCACUGCUAGUGGCCCGCUGCCUCGCCUCGGGAAUCGUGUUCGGCUUCAGCACCCGCUGCUACUUGCGCGACUUCAGCCUGGGCUGGUGCGUGGAUACUGAAUUGUGUGUGGCACCGAGCGGCCCUGCCCAUGGCUGUCCUGGCCAGGUCUGUUGUGGCACCCUGGGUCUCGUCUGGUCUCAGCGGGCGCCGGGGAACUCCCCAACGGUCACCCAGCUGCCAGUCAGUCUUCCGCCAAUCCCUCCACCGCCUUUCGCCCCGCCUCUGCCGGCUCCCGCACAGACACCACCGCCUACCGUGCUUUACCACGACUGCGGCAAGCUGCGAGACAUCGGGAACGCUGGCAGUUCUUUUUUCUUGCCGAGCUUCGGCGCUAUCACAGUGGUGCGCGGCCCUCCCGGCCCGCCAGGCCAGCCCGGCGCGCCAGGACUGCCGGGCCCGCCCGCUCCCGGCGCCAACCUUCCACCGGCGGGCGCCCCGCGUGCCGGUCCGUCCGGACCGCCCGGAGAGCCCGGAGUCCCGGGAGCGCCGGGAGCGCCGGGACUGCCCGGUGGCGCCACGUCCGAGCUGGGACCGAAGGGAUAUCCUGGCCCGCCGGGCCCGCCCGGUCCGCCGGGGCCGCCGGGACUGGCGUCGGUGGUGUAUGGUCCGCCGGGGCCGCCCGGUCUGCCUGGGUUUCCCGGACCGCCCGGACGGCGGGGACCAGCCUCGCUGCUGUCGGGCCCGCCCGGUUCACCAGGACUGCCGGGCCCUCCUGGCCCGCCGGGCCCUCCCGGAAGGCCCGCACCGCCGGGCCACAAGGGCGAGCUCAUCUUCCUGCCGGGACCUCCCGGACCGCCGGGACCGCCGGGGAUGCCAGGCUUGCCGGGACUCAAAGGAGAGACGCUGCCAGAGGAUGCGCUGCCAGCGAGACCCGGCCAGAAAGCUGAACGAUCGGAUGUUUCUCGGCCUGCACACUCAACGGAGGGCGGGGCCGCUGCCCUGCCUCCUCCGCCUCGUCCGGCGCCGCCGCCCGGCCCUCCGCGGCUGUCCCCAGGGCAGCAUCGGCACCGGCGGGCGGCUGCCGAUCCCGUGGCCUCUCCGCCUCUCCGCGAGCUCCCGGGGCCGGUGGGCGUGCCCGGCUCGCACGGCGCCGUGGGGGACGGGUUCCCCGGAAUCGGUGGAGUGCCCGCCACCAAGGGCACCUGGCCCUGGAUGGUGUCGCUGGGCGAGCGGCACGGCACGUCGGUGGAGUGGUUCUGCGGGGGAACCCUGAUCUCGCCGCUGACCGUACUCACAGCCGCUCACUGUGUGCGUGGCAAGCAGGCGGACCGCCUCACCCUCCGUCUGGCGGAAUAUCGCCGAAGUGCCACUACAUCCCCGGACCGGGACGGCGACUCGGACGCGGCGGGCACGGCGGUGGUGCGGCGUAUCGUGCAGCACCCUCUCUACCACGCCAACCAUCACGACCUGGCGGUGCUGCUGCUGCGCCGGCCGGCGGCGGUCGGCGCCGCCGUGGUGCCCGCCUGCCUGCCGCCACCGCGAGCCGACCACACCAACGCCACGGUCCAUCUGGCCGGCUGGGGCGUGCUCGAGUGGGCCGGCGACCUGCCCGACCAGCUGCAAGACAUCGAGCUGGUCGUGGUCGAGACGGGGCCGUGUGAGGACGCGUACCGCGCUGUGGUCGGCUUCGAAGGCGACUUUCCGGGCGGGUUUCAGGGGACCAAGCUGUGUGCAACCGGGACGGAGGGCACGAAUCGAGACGCGUGUCAAGGGGAUUCGGGCGGCCCGCUGGUCGCCAGGGGAGCGGAUGGACGCUUCUCGGUGGUCGGCGUGGUCUCCGGCGGCAGGGGCUGCGGGAACCCGAAGUUUCCCGGGGUCUACACCAAGGUCUCCGAGUAUAUCGAGUGGAUUCUGGAGAAUAGUGAAUAAAUAGUGAGUGAGGCUUGCGCUGAAAUGGCUUGUCUGUCGUCCGACUCUGAACGAAGCUUCCGGACCUCCUGCUCGUUUUACGGAAAGACCACUAAGUUUUUA